AGCAGGCAUUAAUUGCGACUCAAGCGUGACAGCCUUUAACAUCUAACUAAAUCUCCACUCUUCUUGGUGACAUGCAUUAACUAUUAGUAUAUAAAAAUAAAUCAUGCAAUUUCAGGACCAGUACUACUACAUAUUUCGAGCUCCACAUAUAUCAUAUAACACCCAGCCCCAUCACUUAUGAUCUGUGGAAAUUCGGUUAUAAUUUGUAUAAAUAGGAAACACAUUUAAAAAGAGAAAUAACCAAAAGAGGAAAUCAUGGCUGAUAAACACUCACAUAAUAUUGCCGUAGAUGAUGAAGAAUGCCAAAGCAGUGGCAGCAAAAUUCAGCUUCUCAACACUACUCCACCGCCUCACGAUGAGAAAAGGAAGCACCAAUCUCUAACCCUGACUGAGCUACUCGGAUUAAACGAGCUUGCAUCAUCAGAGUUAUGGCGCGCAUCGGUGGGAGAGGUGAUCGGAACGGCGGUUUUGGUGUUCAUGCUGGACACAAUCGUGAUCUCGACCAUCGACGCCGACAUCAAGAUGCCGAAUUUGGUUUUAUCGGUGCUGGUCGCCGUGAUCAUCACCAUCCUCCUCCUCGCCGUGCACCCCGUCUCCGGCGGCCACAUCAACCCGAUCAUCUCCUUCUCCGCCGCCUUGGUCGGAAUCAUCUCCAUGGCGCGCGCCGUCGUCUACAUCCUAGCGCAGUGCCUAGGCGCCGUGCUCGGCGCGCUAGCUCUCAAAGCAGUGGUGAGUAGUACGUUGGAGCAUAAUUUCUCCCUCGGGGGUUGUACGUUGACGGUUAUAGCAGAGGGGCCCAAUGGGCCGGUUUCGGUGGGCCUGGACACGGCCCAGGGGUUUUGGCUUGAGUUGUUUUGUAGUUUUAUUUUCCUGUUUGGGUCGAUAUGGAUGGCGUAUGAUCACAGGCAGGCCAAGCAGUUGGGCCUUGUGCUUGUGUUUGGGAUAGUAGGGGUGGUUUUGGGCCUGCUGGUGUUCGUUUCAACGUCGGUGACGGGGCAGAAGGGGUACGGUGGGGCUGGGAUGAAUCCGGCGAGGUGCAUUGGGCCGGCGAUAGUGAGAGGCGGGCACUUGUGGGAUGGGCAUUGGGUGUUUUGGGCCGGGCCGGCGAUAGCAUGUGUUGUUUUUUAUUUGUACACCAAGAUCAUUCCAAGCCAGCAUCACAAGGCUAAGGCUUAUGACCAUGAUGUCUACAACGUUUUCAAGGUUAUGUUUGGGACCAAGACUAAGUAAUGACAUGAUGCCAGUGGUAUAACAUGAUGCACUUGACUUGGUUGUAGAGCAGAAACUAUUGAUAAAUGUUUUUGCAUCCUAUAUCUCCCAAUGAUGGAUAAUGAUUCAACCAUCAAAUUACAGCACGGCCAAGUUUGAUAGAAGAAUGCAAAUUUCACUUCUACGUAUCUGUUUUUGGUGUAAUGAUACAGCACAAAUCACUAUCACAAAGUAAUGUAUGGAAAAAAAUGGUUAUUGCAGUAGACAUUUGUUUCAUGUUGUUAUUGCAUUAAAAACCUUUGUGUUGUUAUGCAGACAA